CGCUCCCUCCAUCGUAAUCUAUAUAAUUAACGACCAUUAUUAGCAAACCUUACACAACAAUUAACCAAUAAUUGAUUAACGAUCCAAUGCCUUCAAACAAGUACUGUUUCCUUCUCUUUGUUAUCGCUCUCUCCGCCGUCCAUGUCAUCCACGGCAAAGUCCACGGUGUCCGCUACACGGUAACCAACAACGCGUCUGGAUCAGCGGGCGGCUCCAUCUUCGACAGCCACGUAGGCGCUCCGUACACCAAGCAGGCCAUGUCACGCGCCACGCGGUUCAUAUGGAAGACGUUCCGCCAGCAAAAUGAUGCCACGCAGAGAAAACACGUCAGGAAGAUCGACUUCUUCCUCGACAUUAUGGAAGAUGGCAUAGCCUACAGCAUCGACAACGACAUCCACCUCAGCGCCAGUUACCUGGGGACCACCACGUCAGCGCCGCCGAGGGUUCUAGUUGCGUCGGAGAUUUAUCACGAGAUGACGCACGUGUGGCAGUGGAACGGGGGUGGGGCAACACCGUUAGGAUUGAUUGAAGGGAUUGCGGAUUUCAUAAGGAUGAAGGCCGGUUACGAGUCAACGUCUUCACCGGUUCGGUUAGGAGAAGGGGACCGGUGGGACCAAGGGUACGGUGUUACUGCCGGGUUUUUGGGGUAUUGCGAUGGUCUGAAACGUGGGUUCGUGGGUAAGUUGAACGAGAAGAUGAGGUUUGGGUAUAGUGAGACGUACUUUCGGGAUUUGCUUGGGAAGGACGUGGAUAGUCUUUGGAGCGAGUACAAGGCCAAGUACAAAAGCUAGGAGAAAGCAGCAUGCAUUUUAGGGUGUAAACCAAUACUAUAAUGUUAGUAUUUCUCUUGUUCUCUUUCCAUCGUCACACGUUUUCCAAUCCGAAGGGGCAUUAGCGUUUUAUUUUUCAAUAAGGACAUUUAGACUUU